AAUUUUACUAAUAAUUUUUCAUUCUCCUUUAGAGUUUUAAUCAUUUUCAUUAUAUUUAUAAUUUUAUAUCUUUGUUCGUAUAUAAUUGUAAAUGAUCCAAGUAUUAUAUGCACAGCAGCUAUAAGAAUCUUUCAAUCUUAUCUAUCUAGAUCCGUGAUUACGUCUAGCAAUAUGGCUAUACCAGAGAGCUUAUUGCUGUUAUAAAUUUCAAAACAUAACUGUACGUUUUAAAAUUUAACAUCAACAGGUAUUUAAAAGUGUAUAACAAUAAAACUUUUUGUGUUUUGUUUAACUUAAAAUGUAUUAAUCGUUUUUUUUUAAAUUUGUAUUAUAGUAUCUUGUACUCACUACAUCAUGACGUGUUGUGUUAGAUAUAUUUAUCAUAUAACUUGUGUGAUGUUACCAUCAAUUUAACAAAAACUAAUUAAAUCAAACCAACACAACAUGGUAUAGUGGGAAUAAUUACUUCAAUAUUUAAAAUUCAUAUCAUUAUAAAUUUAGGUAAUGUACAAUGGACAAUUUCGCUUAUAGCAUCAUAGCUGCAGUAUCAAAAAAUGGAGGUAUUGGUUAUAAAGGUGAUCUACCAUGGAGACUUAAAAAAGAAAUGGCAUAUUUCAAUCGAAUAACUACACAGGUGAAUCGUGAAAAUACUCAAAAUGCUGUUAUUAUGGGUCGCAAUACAUGGCAAUCAAUACCAGAUAAAUAUAGGCCACUUAAAGGCCGUAUAAAUGUAGUUAUUUCAAAGACUCUGAAUAGUGUACCGGAAGGAAUUUUAUUAUAUCCUAAACUUACAGAAGCCUUAAAAGAUUUAUAUUCAAAUGAUUGUGUAGAAAAAUGUUGGAUAAUUGGUGGUACAGGUUUAUAUAAUGAAGCUAUCAAUGACAAAAAUUGCAAAUAUUUAUAUAUAACUAAAAUCAAUCAGGAAUUUGUAUGUGAUACUUUUUUCCCAGAUUUUGAUCCUAACAAUUUUGAAGAAAUAUUUGAACCUUAUAUACCCAAAGAUAUUCAAGAAGAAAACGGUAUUCAAUAUGAAUUUAAAGUUUUUAAAAGAUUGUAAUAGUUAACACAUAAAUAAAAUCAUUUAUAUAACAAUAAUUCCUG